AAGGAGGGUGGGCAGGAGCGGCGCUGGCCGUGCUGGGCGCUCCUGAGGUUGCCCCGUCCAUUGCAGCACUUCUGCGCUGCAGUUGUGUUUAGUUAUCACAAGUUUUUGAAGCAAAAAAAAACUUAAUUUUUUUUGGUUGUUUUUUUUUCCCCCCGCUCCGAAACUUUGGUGCCGCGGCGGGAGGCGAGAUGGGGAUGAAGGCGUUCCUGGCCGCCGUGUGCCUCUGCCUGCGCUGGGUGUCUGCUCUCGGCGCAGAAACGGAAAACAAUUUCGAGGGAAUUGAGAGCAAGUUUUCCUUACGGACGCCUGCAGAGCCUGAUGAGGAUGUCUGCUACCUGGUUCCUGGGCAGGUGAACAGCCUGGCACAGUGCAACUUCAAUCACACCAGCAAAACCUUUGUGGUCAUCCAUGGAUGGACGGUGACAGGGAUGUAUGAAAGCUGGGUGCCRAAGCUGGUGGAUGCUCUGUACAAGAGGGAGCCCGAUUCAAACGUCAUUGUGGUGGACUGGCUGGUCCGRGCUCAGCAGCACUACCCGGUGUCUGCGGCAUACACCAGGCUGGUGGGAAGAGAUGUUGCUACCUUUAUUGACUGGAUGGAGGAGCAAUUCAAUUAUCCUCUCAACAAUCUCCACUUGCUGGGGUACAGUCUAGGUGCUCAUGCUGCUGGAAUUGCUGGGAACCUGACCAAAAAGAAGGUGAACAGAAUUACUGGGCUGGAUCCUGCUGGUCCUACCUUUGAGUACGCUGAUGAGCUCACCCGCCUGUCCCCGGACGAUGCUGACUUUGUGGAUGUCCUGCACACCUACACCCGAGGCUCCCCAGACCGCAGCAUUGGGAUCCAGAAGCCUGUUGGACACAUUGAUAUCUAUCCCAAUGGUGGAGGUUUCCAGCCGGGCUGCAACCUGGGAGAAGCUCUGCGUCUGAUUGCUGAAAAGGGCUUUGGAGAUGUGGAUCAGCUGGUGAAAUGCUCCCACGAGCGAUCUAUCCACCUCUUCAUUGACUCCCUCCUCAAYGAGGAAAAGCCCAGCAUGGCCUAUCGCUGCAACACAAAGGAGGCCUUCGAGAAGGGACUCUGCCUGAGCUGCCGCAAGAACCGCUGCAACAAUUUGGGCUACAAGGUCAACAGAGUGAGGACAAAGAGAAACACCAAAAUGUACUUGAAAACCCGUGCUCAGAUGCCCUAUAAAGUCUUUCAUUAUCAGGUCAAGAUCCAUUUCUUUGGAAAGGCUAAUACAACCAAGACAAACCAGCCGUUCCUGAUCUCUCUCUAUGGCACUCUGGAUGAGAGUGAGAACAUUGCUUUCACUCUGCCUGAAGUCUCCUCAAACAAGACCUUCUCCUUCCUGAUUUACACAGAAGUGGAUAUUGGAGAUCUGCUUAUGCUGAAGCUGCAGUGGGAAAAAGACACCUUUUUCAGCUGGUCAGACUGGUGGACUCCUUUUACAUUUGACAUCCAGAGAGUCAGAGUGAAAUCAGGAGAAACUCAGAAAAAAGUGGUGUUCUGUUCUCGAGAUGGCACCUCACGUCUCAGUAAGGGAGAAGAGGCAGCAGUAUUCGUGAAAUGCUCGGAGCAGCCCGCCAACAGGAAGAGAGGAGGCUCCAAGAAAGCCUCUAAAGAGAAUUCUGCUGAUGAAUCUGCUUAAGUGACAAGAACAAAGAUUUUUCACACUGGGGAGGAGAAGAGUCUGUUCAUCCCUGUGGACUGGAUGUUCAGAAUCAAAUAUAUAGAAAUAUUUAUCUGCUGCUGGAUUUUUGCCUGCUAUUCCUAGUUAUUUUAGGGACUUCUUAUAAGAAAGUCUCAGCAUACRAAGUUACUAACUAUAAAGAUACAUUAUCCAAAUAGUUAAAAACAGAAAGAAACCUGCAAAACAACUUGCCAAAGUUUGGAGUGCUGAAAGAAAUAAGUAAUUUUGCUUAAUCAUGGUGCCUUGUGACAAGGUUUCUUGAUAUCAGAUCCUUUACAGCAAUUUUUUAGUAUUUAUUGAAAAGAAACAAAGACCUGUAUGUGUUUUUGUUGUUGUUUUUGUUUUGUUUGGGUUUUUUUUGGUUAGUUGGUUUUUUUGUUCUUUUCAGGAGUAGUUUGAAAUGGGACAGAUUUUCUUCUGUCUCAGCUAAUUGAAUUUUCAGGCAGUUCAGUGGAGAGAGUUCAUAAUUUUCAAGUGUGUUUAGCAAAUAAGUAGGUAUCCCAUGUGAAAAAAAAAACCAUCUUUGCUGCGUGUAUUUCUAGAAGGCGUCAGGGACUGACUUAAUAUGGGGAUGAUUUUUUUAGUUUGUGGUUCUGAAUGUUUUUUAAUGGGGGUAGAUGCCAGUGCUGCUUAGCAAUAGGUAUGAUGUUUUAAGAUUUAGAGCUSUAUGCCGCUUGCCCUGGGAUAAGUCACAGCAGUAGGAGAAGGCAGCAAUGCCAGUGUCCUACGCAGACAUUUAAUAUUUUAUCUGUGCUUUCAGUUGUCUAGCCUUCAACACUGUGAAUAAGGAACUGCAGAGGAACUGAGCUACCAGAAAAUGCAGGAAACAGAUAUUUCCCCCCCACCUCCACCCUCUCCCUGCUGCUUGCGUCAUGUAUGCCAAAACUGUCACAGUUUCUCUGCUCUUCGACACCAAGUGUCAGUCAUGCAGCUGAGYGGCUCAUGUGUGCAGUUUUCAGUGCAAGUGAACCCACUUGAUAGCUGACAGGGAUGCUCAUGCUUCCCUGUGCUGGAAUUGUGACUGCCAGUAAUCCACCUAAGUUUAUUUUUUGGCUGUGGUGCAGCGCUAGGAGCUGCUUAGUUUUCUGCCACAAGAUGGAAUUCAGCAGGAAGCAGGAGCCGAGCCAGUUACAGGGAGCCUGAUUGUGUGUUCCACAAGAAACAGUGCUCUGAAAAACACUGAGGCACUGAAAUUAGCCAUGCUGCGAGUUGACAAAAAUAGGUAUAUUGAAGGCAUUCUGCUUCCCCAUUUGUAAGUAAUAUAUMAUUUUCCUAGUGUGCUGAAAGGUGCAAUAGCCCUCUUUUAGCUUUCUAGAGGAUAAACAAAAUGGUGGGGAGGUAGAAGGGCUUGAAGGUAGACACUUGGGGAAGUGUGAUACUCAUUAUUGAUGCUGGGUGUUGUAGUCUUUUCCUGCAUGUGCAAGACAGCGUGGAGAUGGUGAUUUCUCCAGUAUCAUCCCAUCUUAAAAGCAAAGGAAAAAAAUAUAUGUGUUUAUGUGCACAGUUUGUUUCCUUUUUCCAACUGUAGCUGCUACUAUAUUUGGGGAUAAAAGUCUUAAACAGUGCAAUAUGUUGGAAUAUUAAUAGCUCUGAAAUUGCUCACAUGUGAUUUCACAUUUGAUCAAACUACAGCAGAGAUGUGAUGAGUCACUGAGGGUGGGGUUGAGUAUUGAGCCACUGCAUUUGAGACCUCCAAAAAUAAAAACAGUGAUUUAUUCCCUAUAGAUUCCACAUUUUCUUGCAAUUUUCUCUUAAGAGUUGAAUUCUUCAGAAACAAAGCAUCUGGACAGCUGUGCUCUUAAUACAGGAUCAAAUACAACACAUUUAAAACUUGGACACAAAAUAGUGAAAGUUCUUUUCAUAAGGAAACAUGAUUUAGCUCUGGAUGUUAUUUAUUAGCUGUAAAUAAGAUAUUUAUGAGUGUAAAGGUAGUUUGUAUAUAUUGCUAAAGUUGCUGACAGUCUCUACAUUAAUGCAGUUGUGUAGUACUAAUCCUGUAUAUAGCAUUCAGAGGUUUUUAUCAACAAGCCACUUACAUUGCAUUGUUUCUGAUGUGGUUAAUACUUUUUUUCUUUUUUUUUUUUUUUU